UUGUCUUGUAACCUUGUUGCUCCUCAGUCACACUAACGGCGCCAUGGAGGGUGGUGCAGUGGACAACAUCCUCUUCCUGGCUGACUCGUACAAGACCACCCACCACCGCCAGUACCCCCCCGGCACCACCUCCAUCUACUCCUACUUUGAGUCUCGGGGCGGCAGGUUUCCUUAUACAGUGUUCUUUGGGCUCCAGUACAUCCUCAAGAGAUGGCUUCAGGGCCCAGUGGUGACCAAGGAGAUGAUUCAGGAGGCAAAGGAGCUGAUCAAAGUCCACAUGAGAGACAGAAAUGAUGUCUUCAAUGAGGAGGGCUGGAACUACAUCCUGGAGAAGCAUGGAGGGCGCCUGCCACUGAGGGUGUGUGCUGUGCCUGAGGGAACCGUCGUUCCCACCAGGAAUGUUCUCUUCACAGUCGAGAACACAGACCCAAUGGUGCCCUGGAUCACCAACUUCUUUGAGACAAUCUUCGUGCAGGUGUGGUACCCCAUGACUGUGGCAACAAACUCACGGGUCCAGAAACAAAUACUUCACCACUACCUCAAAGAGACUCAUGAAAACCUUGAUCCUCUGCUCUUCUCUCUUCAUGACUUUGGGUACCGUGGAUCAACCUCAGUGGAAAGUGCUGCUCUUGGGGGUGCAGCUCACCUGGUUAACUUUCAGGGAACAGACACUGUAGCAGCAUUAUCCCUGCUCAGGAAAUUUUACCACUGUCCCAUCGCUGGCUUCACCAUCCCUGCCUCAGAGCACUCCACCAUCACCACCUGGGGCCGGCACGGGGAGGCUGAUGCUUGUCGCAAUAUGCUGGAGUCCUUCCCUGAGGGUGUUGUUGCUUGUGUUAGUGAUUCAUAUGACAUUUGGAAUUGCUGUGAGAAGAUCUGGGGAGAAGAACUCAAAGAUUUGAUCAUCAAGAGGGGCAAGACAGGAGGAACCCUGGUUGUGCGGCCAGACAGUGGUGACCCUACCGCUGUGGUGCUCAAGUGUUUAGAAAUGCUUGGUAAAGCAUUUGGAAGCACAACAAAUGAGAAAGGCUUCAAGAUGCUUCCUCCAUACCUCAGAGUGAUCCAGGGAGAUGGAAUAUCUUAUAAAACAAUUGGUGACAUCCUGGAGCACCUGAAGCAGCAUGGCUGGUCGGCCGCUAAUGUCAGCUUUGGCAGUGGAGGUGCACUGCUUCAAAAGCUUGACCGAGACACCCAGAAGUGUGCAUACAAGUGCAGUCAUGCAGUGAUCAAUGGUGAGGGAGUGGAUGUGUUCAAGCAGCCUGUGACAGACCCAGGAAAGACCAGCAAGAAGGGCCGCCUCGCUCUCAUUCACACCUCUGAUGGCUCCUACUCCACAGUCAAGGCUGAAGAAGCAGAUCCUAAAGAGGAUUUGUUGGUGCCAGUGUUUGAGAACGGGGAGCUGCUGCGAGACUACACCCUUCAGGAGGUCAGGGAGAGGGCUGAGCUGAGUUCACAAGACAUUGAUGUAAUGAGGUUCCUGAGUGAGGAUAAGCCAUGAGGAAUGUGAUGUGAUGAAAUUCUCAUGUUAAGGCAAGCCUGUUAGGGGUAGUGCUCUGCUUCCCUGCAGGUUACUUAAAAUAUGUGCACUGGUAUCAUAUUAUCAAGUAUAUAAGGUCAGGGUGGAAGUGUUCAACAUAUCCUUCCAGACCGGGGCAUAUUGCUAUGCUGGAAUUUUCAACCCAUCUUAAAGUAUAAGAAAGUGUACUGACAGCUUCUGUCAUGUGAUUUUAAAUCAUGAUUGUUUUAUCAAUAUUUAUGGAAAUCAGUCAUUUCACUGGUUAUUAAGCACAAAGAUAGAAAAAAAUUUACUGUUCUCGUGAUAAAAUUAUCUGUGUAUUAGUCACAUUAUGUACAUUAUGUGUGAUACUAUUGUAUAAGUUUUGUUGAUAAAAUAAGGCCGUUGUGUCUAGUAAAUGUUAUUGACUUUAAAAAUGUAUAAAUUACUGAUGUGAAGUACAAGAACAGGACAUUCAUAUGCAAAUUUUGUAAAUGAAUUCAGGUAUCUGUGACUCCCCUUCCACACUGACCAUUCUCAGUCUGUCAUAACUUGAAAUCUCAACUGAGAACUAUGUCCCAUCUACUGCUAAAUGAUCUUCCCCAAGGUUAGGCAUUUGUGUCAUCCACCAGUUUUUUCUUCCUCCCAGAUGCUAACUAUAUACAGGGACCUUGUCUGACCCUGCAUGAAGUAUGCCUUCCAUGUGGGGGUGUUCCUACCAUCCAGUUCUUUUAGGCAGUAAAGUCUAAUGCCUUUUGUCUCAUCAACUCCCCUCCUGAUACUGACUGUCCUAUCUUUUAAAUUCCAUAGCAAUGUUGCUUCCCUUCUAUUUUUUUUUUUUUUUUUUUUCAUAUAUUUUCAUGCUAACUGCUCCUCUGAACUUGCCAAGUGCAUGCCCCAACCCUGCAUGCAGUCUCAUUACACAGGACUUUCCACUGUCACUCACAUCUAUGCUUUUUCUGUUAAGAACAAGUUGGAUGGCAGACUAUUUUUAGUAGCCCAGCAUAAUGCAAGAUGUAACUAGAGGGCAGAGAAUUACACUUGGUCAUUGCCCUUGAUUCACUUCUUGGCAGCUAGCUGACCUGAACACAAACUCCUCCUCCCCAGCACACCCUCACACUUUGUUCUCAGUCUCAAAGAAUCUUUAACCUACUAUGUCCUCAGUGGCCUUGUAUAUUUUCUUAUUUUCUUAUACUGAUUUUGCACUUGAAUAAUGUAGUUGUACCUUUGCCCUGCCAUUUUGUAAUGUGAAGGUAGUGUUUUUGUAUUGCUUCCUAUCACUGUAAACCUCGUACAUAUGACAUGGCAGUGGAGCACAGUAAGAUGCAAAGGAAACUGACAGUUUGGUUUAAGCCAUCAGUCAUACAGUGUUUUAUGAAAGCAUUGCAUAAUCCACUAAUUUUGAAGUCUCCAUACAUGUAUUCAGCUGUCUUCAAUAAUCCUGAAAAUUUUUAUAAUAGGUACACUAAAACAGUAUUCAUAUAUCAUCAGUGGUCUAGGGGACAGGUCUAUAGCAUCAAACCUUGGGUGCAAAGCUACUUAGGAAAGUUCCAUUACUAUAACAAUAGCACCUACCUAUUUAGAGCAAAGGAAAGUUAAAUAUGUAACAUUUUCGUUGACACUCGGAUCCUGAAUCAUCGGAAAAUAUGCUAUUUCAGAAACCAUACUAAAAGAGCUGGACAGCAGAAUUUUGGGGGGUUAAGCUCAUAGAAAAGGAGGAAAUAAAACUUAAUAUACUGUUGAAAUUUUGAAAAUAAGAGACAAACAUUGACAGGAGGAGAGUACCAGGACACCUCUCUUCCCAAAAUCGACCUCUCUUUUGGCCACUCCUCUCAACUCUUUAGAGGAGCAGUGAUAUGCGGGCUUUUUUCAUUGUUGUUUUCUUUUUUUGCCUUGAGCUGUUUCUUUUACUGUAAAGAAAAUAAAAAAAUAAAAAAACACCACACAAGAAUAUACAGAAAGACACCACUAAAGGGGAGACUGUGGCAAAGGUUGUCUCCAUCACCCUCAGCUGAACUAAAUUUCCAGUGCUAACCCUUUGGUGUAUGGUCAGGUCUAAGCUGUCCAGGCACUGACUACAUAGUUUGUUGCCUAUUAUGAGGAUUACUCGUACACCCUUAUUUUCACACAUGGUCUAUUUUGUAUGAUAUAUUUUUAUAAAGUGUUUUUUCUCAUAGUUUUUAGUCCAAGAAAUUGCCUUAUUGAUGAUUGACUCAUUUUCACAAGUGGUCUGUUUUCAAAGCUUUAUAUAUCUCUAUAUUUAUUUCACCUGCCAUUCUCUUGUACAGGUUUUACCAGUGUUGUGAGGGGCAGCGAGGGCCGCGUCCUGCUGCCCGUUGUUCACUUUGUUACUCUUGAAACUUUGAUAUAACUGCCCUUGAAGCUGAGGCUACAAAGGUGCAUUAUUUUGUAUGAUUAAUAAAUGAAUUUAUUAAUA